GCCCAGCAGUGCACGAAAGUAUGAAGAUCGCACAGUUUGUUGUAUCAGGUGUAAUGUGUGAUGUCAUUAGGUUUACGUAUUGAGUAGAUGGGAAAUAUUACUGCCCUUUUUUCAUUCUGUUACAGGACGUCUUGAUAAUUUCAUGCAUUAACAUGGUUUGUAUGUUGUGUGCGCUAUGCAUGGUUAAUUUGUAGUGGGGGUUGUGAAGUGUGUCCACCACGUCGACAAUGGGAAGUUCGGUAAGAAUAGGUCCGUUAUCUCUUCAGGGAGACAGUGGUAGUAAUAUUAGUGAUCCCGUGUAUUCUGAGGAUGACAGCGAUAAAGUGCAUAAAGACUGUGUGAACCAGAAUGAAAUUAGCAACGGUAGAGAAAACCAUUCUGUCAAUGCACUUUCGGGACCGCAGGAGUUAAUAGCAGCAGAACAGAAUGGAUGUGUUGCGGCAGAACUCAGUUUUGGCGAAGCACCUCUGUCCAGAGUAAUGAGAGAAAAAUGUUCUGAGAUAGAAGCUGCUCUUUCUGAGGACCCAGUUGAUGCCUUAAAAUUAAAGACCUUGGCAUUGUCUGAGGGUGGCCUUGUUAAUGAUGCACUGAGGAGAAGAGUAUGGCCACAACUCUUAGGACUUGAUACACAGGCAGCAACAGAACUGCCAACUCAUAAAGAACUUGAAGCUCAUGCAGAAUAUCAUCAGGUAGUGCUGGAUGUUAACAGGUCACUGAAACGCUUUCCACCAGGCAUUCCGUAUGAACAGAGAGUGGCAUUACAAGAUCAGCUGACAAGGCUUAUUCUCAGAGUUAUCAUCAAAUAUCCUCAUCUUCAAUAUUAUCAGGGCUACCAUGAUGUGGCAGUAACUUUCCUGUUAGUGGUUGGAGAAGCAGUUGCAUUCCAGAUCAUGGAGAAAUUGUCCACUGGACACUUGAAGGACUGUAUGGAGCCUACUAUGGACAGGACAUCCUAUUUGCUUAAUUACAUUUACCCUCUUAUAUAUAGAGUACAUCCAGAAUUAUAUGAAUAUAUGGAAAGGUCGGGUGUCGGUACUGUGUUCUGCCUGCCAUGGUUCCUAACUUGGUAUGGCCAUAGUCUGAACCAGUACAGGGAUGUAGUAAGACUGUAUGAUUACUUCCUCGCUUCUCCACCUUUAAUGCCACUUUAUGUGGCUGCUUCUGUUGUGGUCCAUCGAAGUAAUGAAAUUUUUAGUGUGGAUUGCGAUAUGGCUUGCAUUCACUCUCUCCUUUCACAAAUUCCAGAUGAUCUCCCAUUUGAAAGCCUUCUAAAGCAGGCAUUGAAGUUGUAUGAAGAUUACCCACCAAUAAGUUUAGAAGCAGAAGUACAGGAGAGAUUUAAGAAAGAGCUGCAACUUCGAAGAUAUGAUGACAGACCUCGAACACCCAGAAUACAUCGUCAUAAUGGAGGAACAAUUUGGCACCACCUUGCUGAAAUAAACAGAUUGCUCCCACACUGGGCUUUGGUUCCUCAUGUUGCUAUACCACGUUUCCCUUCUCGAUUUGUUUUUGUUACAACUGCUGCUCUUAUUGGACUCUAUGCAUACCUUCGCAUGGCAGAUGCACUUGUUAUGAACAAUUCAGUCCCUGUUAGGUAGUACAGAGAGCGCUAUUUUAGUCAUUUGUGUGUUAAUACAUACAUGGAUAUUGUGGAUGUUCAGCUCCUGGAUGUAUAAACUGCUUCAAACUGGAGCCUAAAUAUCUGUGCUGUAUGCAUGAAUAGAAAUCAUCUGUUGUAAGUGCUCUUGCAAUAAUUUUCCAACCAUUGGUCAUAAUGGCUUAAAUCUGCAGUGGGAUGGUGACAGAACAAUUAUAUUUUUCUUCAGGUAGAGGACUAAUAACUAUUAUGUCCCUGCUAUCAGGUAAGUAACAGGCAGAUUUAUCAGUUACCAUAUAUUUUGCAAAUAUGUCAGGGUUUCAAAUUAAAGCAGAAUGUUCAGUCAUGUCAUUAAAGAGUUGCACAUGUUGUGUUAUUUAUCAGGGCAUAUUUUUUGGCUUUAACCCUUUGAAGAGUUAAUUUAAAGUUCUUGAAAAUACUGUCAGGUGAUUAUUCUUUUACAAUGUGUUACAUCCAUUUACUAAAAAUACUUUUACAAAUAUUACUGUAUUUCUGCAUGUAACAGUUUUAGACAUAUUCCGUUUAUGAUAUCCCCCCCCCCACACACACACACACACACACACACAAAAUGGGUGCAUACACAGGUCUAUUUUGCCUGUUGAACAUGUCCACAUCUCCAAUUUUCUGAUUAUUGCCAAUGACAGAAGCAGACAUUGUGAUUGCUUAUUGUAUUGUUGACUUUUUCCAUCUCUUUCACUUUGUUUUUGUAGACUUUUGUCAACAUGCACAAGGCUCUUCUAUUAUUCACUUUGGUGCCAUGUUGUUCUUAGUCUCCUUGUUUAUAUGACACUGUUCAUUAUCUUGUAGAAGCUGGACACGCCUUCUCUAUUAGAUUUUACAGGCUUACCUGCCAGUUGUCAAUAUAGCUUAUGUCCCUAAUCAUGGUGGUGAUCAAGAAAACUGACGUGGGUUGUAACAUUUUUAGUACUAAGAGAAACCUGUCUUGUGGCAUUGACUUUCAAAGUACAUUGAUGUCAGAGUGUCAGUAGUUCAGUACACUUUCACUUCAUUCCUUCUUAGAUGAGACAUCAACAUAAGAAUAGCAGGGAAAAUUUAUAUUUUGUCUUUUGUUUUAUCAAUCCGUUUAUGAAUUUUACAUUUUUGUGCUCAUGUGGUUGGUACUGAUGGUAGGAGUGUGAUAUUUAUUUCAUUACACAUGAGAGUCACAGUAUCCACUGAUGAAAACAUCCAGUUCCUUGGGAUCUUCAGAUAACAUCCUAUUACUCCUGCCACUGCUGGUCAUAAGGUCAGAUAACUUUCGGUUGUAAUCAGUUGUUCAAGUUUUCCGUGGAAUUUAAUUUUUACACUUGCUUUUUGUGCCUUUACUGUUAGAAGUGGCCACUGGUCAUGUUUGGUUGUGUCACUCAUGUGUUCAAGUUUAGAAUCAGCGUUAGUAUUAUUUGCUGUCACCAGUGUCUGGAGUGUCAGAUUCCAAUGUUUUGACUUUUAUCUGUAUUUCUCUUACACAACAUUACAGCCCACUUCCUACAAGUGAUUUUUGUUCACUGGCUUGGUUUAUGAUCUGUCAUAAUGUGCAGUCUGGCCCAAAAAGAUAUCACAAAUUUCCAGUUAAUAGCAAAGCAAACGAUUGCUAUACGUUCACAUACUACAGGACAUGGAAAGUGGAAAAUACAUGGGUACACUAGAACAGGGAAAACAUAUGGGUAUUGUCUUAUGCCAUGCAUCAUGUUUAAUGCUGGAUGCACUGAUAGAUUUGUACUCAUCAAAGGGUUGAAUAACUUUUGUAAUAAAUCUUUAAACAUUCAGAUUUGCAAAACAAAUUUCAAUCAUUUUAUCCAUACAUCAGAGAAAGUCAAAAGUAUUUAUGCAUGCCGUAACACAAGAUGCAUCACUCCUUAGAGGUUUGCAUUCAUUCUGACCUAGCCCAAGGGCAAAUAUAUUGGUAUCUAAAGAAUUACAACAUUUAUAAAUUUUAUUGUUUGCUGUACUAUUCAGACAGCCAUAGACAAUUAUUAUUUAGAAUAUGUAUAUAUUAGAGGAUUGGAAGAGUUAUAGUCUAUGUUUUCUUAACUUUGACAUUAAGGAAGUCGUGUAAUGUUUCUCCAUUACAGUGAUUGUAUUCAAGAACCAGUUUUCAACAUUCCUGUCUUCCUUUGUUUGGAGCAUAAUAGUCCAGGCAAGAAAAAAUAUUGAUUUAUCAAUCUUGACCUUGCUUUAUCACCAUGUGUGGUUGACAAACUAAAGAUUUUGCAUGCCUCUUAGCAUGAAUUUCAUUUUCACAAAAACAAAAGUAAAAAGUGGAGACUAAAUUUGACUGAAAGAAAGGAAUUCUAAAAAUGGAGCAGUGAUACAUUUAGGUUGGAACUGUGUUAAAUUUGGUGAGUAAAACAGGGUUACAUUAAUAACAAUGCAGCUGACUCAUUUACAUCAUAUCCCAGGGCUAGUUAUUCUGAUUUUGAUUUGUGCAGGAUUGCAUCAACUCCCACAAAAGGUCUUAUAUAUUAGCUUUUAAUUACCAUUCAUGGUUGCCUUACUGUUACACCAGUAUGAACAUAACCUCAGAAUUUGAGGUUCUCACAGUGGUGAUUAUGAAGAGAUCUGCCUUCUGGGUUAUAAUGCUGUGUAAUCCAUUGACAGUCAACCGACAUUUCAGAGACAUGUUACUUCUACCUGCAGAGUUGAAGAAUAAGCCAAGCAAGAUGCCAACAUGAAAGUGGGUGGCAAAAAGAGCAGUUGGAUUACAGAAAUUUCAGAUAAUAUAGGAAACAGGAGGGCAGUGGAAGGUAGCAAGUCAGUUACCAUUCAGUUGCUUGUAGGACUGAAUGAACUCCCAGUGCCCGCUGGCUGUCACAACCUAGUGAAUCAAUAGGAGACAAGAACAGGAUAACUAGCAUGGCCCUUAAAAGACAGUUUUGCUGGUCUAUGAAAGGACAGGGAAGAAGUGCUAAGGGUGUGAUGGGCAGAGAGCCAAGGCGUAUGGGAAAGAGAUCAUGUGCCUGGGUCCCAGGCAUACAGUGGAGGAUGAAGGAGCAGAGCUAGCGGAAGGAAGCAGGAACAACAGGAUGGAGGCUUAGGGCUGAUGAGUGCCCAGAGGGGCCAGAGUUGGUGGCUGAUAAGGGCAGUGUGCACAGACAUACUUGUGUGUGGACUCUUGGGAAGACCCAGUUCUACAGUCCUGUGAGGGAGGCAUUCUGCGGUCUUUCAGGGUGCAGUUGAGAAGUUUAUAUGAUUGACUCAGACAAAAGCCAUCUUUCCUGUUCAUAUAAUUAGGAUUUAGCUCAUCUCAGUCACCUCCCUCAUGAUGCAGUCCAUGUAUUUGGGUUUCGGUGGAUAGGAUGAUGGUGGUGUAUAACUGAACACAAUGCCCCAGUCAUCAGGUGCAGGCCAGGUUGCAUGAAGUUUUAAAUUAUUUAUCAGUGCAAACUUCAAUGUACGAUUUCAUUAUAUCACUUGUGCAUAAUAUCUUUAAUAAGAGGACUUUUCAGUAUGAUGUCAUGUUUAUAAUGUUCAGUAUAUGGCUUAUGUCAGAAUCAUUGUCAUUCAGUGUUUGGAAAUUGAUAACUUGAAAUGACUGUUGUUUAAUUUCUGUGCCUUGUUUAGUUUUCAUGAAGAAAAUGUUUACUUUUACAAGAUUUCUGGCAUUAGGUUAGUAAAUAUGUUCAGUAGGGGUAGUAGGCUAUUUUAUCUUUGUGUGUGAUAUUAACUAAUUCUACAUUUUUCAGAAAUCUGAAUUGAAAAUCUGUAAAAUGCAAAAUUAAUUCCGUUGAAAUUGUCACAAUAUUAUAUUUAAGCAUCCUGUUGCACUCUACACGAUAAAUG